AUGGGUCAAGUGUUAUCGCUAAUCACAAGGAACAAUUCUUCAAAUAUACCCACCAGUGACACUGAAUAUGAGAAUGAAAACUGUGAAAUGCCGCGGUUCUCGAAUCGAACUGGUGCAUUCUUUGGAUCGCAUUUCUUGAUGGGUGGUGAACGUUAUGAGGUGGCCAAACCGGAAUCAUUUCUUUUCGGCGAUAAUAGUGAUCUGGAUCUGCUCAGUUCUAAACCAACUCAGGCAGUGAUCAAAAAUGAAUUACAAAAUGAUGGCAAGGAAGAAGACAGUGAUGAUGCUGAUAAUAAUGAUGAUGAUGGUGAUAAUGGAGGUAAGACAGAAGCAGCAGUAGAAGAAGAAGAAGUUGGAGGAUCGAAUGAGGCUGAAAAAGAAUUAUUCUAUUUGGAAUUUUAUUUCGACUGUGAUAGCGCUUGUUAUGUGCAGAUACAUUUUUGUGUGAAAGAAUCGAUCACGGAUGGACAUGUGCAGUAUGUUUACUUCUCUUUUUUUUCAUUUAUUUGCCUCUUUGGCCACAUACGUGUUUAUUAUAUUUACAGUUUUGUAAGCAAAUAUCCAAACAUGAAAUCAUCAGAGCGAUACUUUUUCAACAUUGGUGCCGAACAGCAUUUUGAUAAAUUCGUUUUCGAUCCAUCUUUAUACGAUAUUGAUAACAUGCAUUAUGAGAGCGGUGCUUAUUUUCCCGUUGUGAUCGAAUUGUGUACGGUCGAUUGUGGUGUUGAACAAAUCCAGACAACAAUGGCAACAAUCGAUCGCACCACUGAUCAAUCUGCUGCAUUAAUUUUGAAACCGUUGAAGCAAAAAUUGAUUGCCGAUGGGGUGGUUUACCUCCUACAAGAGAUUUAUGGAAUUGAAAAUAAAGAUCACGAUUUGAGUGAUGAAAAUGGUUCAGAAUGCAUUAUUUGUAUGUCAGAUAUUCGUGAUACUGUUAUCUUACCAUGUCGACAUUUAUGCAUUUGCAACGGAUGUGCAGAAACAUUGAGAUAUAAAUUAAAUAAUUGUCCGAUAUGCCGUUCGCCAUUUCGUGCGCUUCUUCAGCUGAAAACAAUGCGUGUUGUGAGUACUGUUUCAAUAACCGAUCAGUCUUCAUCGGCCACACAACAACACACACGAUCACAAACUCGAUAUGAGACGAUGACAUUGGUUGAAGCGUUGAAUGGUCCUGUGAGUCAUAUUCAAUCAUGUCUAGUUGAAGAUUCAUCAAUAAUUGCUUGCGAAAUUCAGGACUGUUACUAUUCAGACGCAAAUGCAGCAGUAUUAGUUGCAUCAUCAUCGUCAACAGAUUUGAACAAUUUAGUAAGCACGACGACGGCAACUACCACACAACCAUUGUAUCACUCGGAUGAGAGCACAGUUGCUAGUCAACAGUCGUCACUCACUUCAAUCAGUAUCCAACAGGUGUUGACUUUAAAUGCCACAACAAGAGAUGUGCACGAUGAAGAUGAUAAUACAGUAUAUAUUGAAAUGAAGGCAACUGAUCAGUUCAGUGAUGAUGAUGGUAAUGAUAUCGAUAAUGACAGUGGUAGUGAAUUAUCAGUACAAAAAAUACCAAUCACGGUGGAAAAGGGGAGAAGUGGCAGUAUUCGAUCGUCAGUGGAUUGUUUAUCGUGUGGAGGGAGCUCAUCGUGCUCAGCAACAAACAAAUACGUUCAGUUAAGAACGAAAACGACAACUGAAAAGUGUGAUAGCGACGAGAAAGGUAACAGUGAUAAUUAUAGUGGUAAUCACUAUUUCGCUUAUGAACCAGUAUCACUGAAUAACCAACAGAUUAAUGAUGUUGAUAAAAUUGAUACUAAAACCGUGGGUGAUUUGGAACUGAAUCGGAAAUUAAAGUUAAAACAAAAGUCUGACAUGUCUUCUGUUAAUAUUGAUUGA